AUGGCAGCGCGGUGACACCCUUCCCCUUGGGCGCUGCUAGGGCGCCCUGCCCGGCCCCACGGCCCAGCUCCCUCCCGCCGGGGGGUGCCUGCGCGCCAGGGCAGGGGGAGCCCCCCAGCCCCCCAGCCAGGGGAUCGGGGGCAGGAGAAGCCAGGAGGCGGCGAUGGACUUUGCCCCAGGAAGCCCCGUGGAGGGGGACCCGUCGGGCAGCGAGGCAGGGCCGACGGUGGACAGCCCGGGCAGCCAGGCGCCCUACCGCUGCGGGCCCGAGCUGCCCAAGGCCGGGGAGCCCUACGACCUGGGCCCCCUGACCGCCACCGUCUCCGCCUGCCACCCCCCGGCCCCUGGGCUGCCCUGGGCCCAGCGGGCGCGGCUCCAGCCGGCCAGCGUGGCCCUGCGCAAGCAGGAGGAGGAGGAGAACAAGCGCUCGAAGGCUCUGUCGGACAGCUAUGAGCUGUCCACCGACCUCCAGGACAAGAAGGUGGAGAUGCUGGAGCGGAAGUACGGGGGUUCGUUUCUGAGCCGGCGGGCGGCCCGCACCAUCCAGACGGCGUUCCGCCAGUACCGCAUGAACAAGAACUUCCAGCGGCUCCGCAGCUCGGCCUCCGAGAGCCGCAUGUCCCGCCGCAUCGUCCUGUCCAACAUGCGCAUGCAGUACUCCUUCGAGGAGUUCGACAAGGGGCCGCCCGCCGCCCCCUACUUCGAGGGCAAGCCGGCCUCCCUGGACGAGGGCACCAUGGCCAGCGCCCGCCCCCACCUGCUGGAGCGCGGGGGGCUGCCCUACGGGGGCUCCUGCCGGGCCGGCCUGGACAGCGGCUCGCUCCACGCCUCCUCCGGCGACUUCUGCAGCGAGAUCACCGAGCUGGAGGACUCCUUCGCCAAGCAGGUGAAAUCCCUGGCAGAGUCGAUCGACGAGGCCCUGAACUGCCACCCGCUGCCGGCACCGGAGGGGGGGGGCCCCGGCCCACUGGAGAAGAGCGAGUCGAAGGAGCAGCAGGGGGACAGCGCGGCCACCUCCUUCAGCGACGUCACCCUGUACCUGGACGAGGGGGUGCCGGCCUCCCCCCUCUCCCUGGAGCGGCCCCCCAGCUCGGAGCCCCCCGAGCCCGGCCCCCCGGCGGCCCAGCCCCGGCCCGAGUUCUGGGGGGCCCCGCCGCGAGAGGACAGCCGGGAGAACGGGGCCGGCCGGCGCGGCCCCCCCUGCCUGGAGUGCCGGGACUUCCGCCUGCGGGGGGCCCACCUGCCGCUGCUCACCAUCGAACCCCCCAGCGACAGCUCGGUGGACCUGAGCGACCGCUCCGAGCGCAGCUCGGUCCACCGGGGCCUAGCCUACGAGCCAGACGGCUGCGGGGCCCCCAAGCACCCGCCGGCCCCCCCGCCCCCGGCUCCCUCGCCCCACCCCCUGCGCCACUACCGCCCCGAGCCCGCCCCGCCCCCGCCCCCGCCGCCCGGACGCCUGGGUCCCGAGCACUCGGACGGCGACAACGACAGCCUACAGAGCAGCAGCAACUCCAACGAGACCAUCAACUGCAGCUCGGGCUCCUCCUCCCGGGACAGCCUGCGGGGCCCCCCGCCCCCGCCCCCCCCGGCGCCCCCGCCCGCCGGCCCCGGCCCGGGCCUGUGCAAGCAGACGUACCAGCGGGAGACCCGCCACAGCUGGGACUCGCCCGCCUUCAACCACGACCUGCUGCAGCGGCGUCAGUACCGCAUCGGCCUCAACCUCUUCAACAAGAAGCCGGAGAAGGGGAUCCAAUACCUCAUCGAGAGAGGGUUCCUCUCGGACACGCCGGUCGGGGUCGCUCACUUCAUCCUGGAGCGCAAGGGCCUGAGCCGGCAGAUGAUUGGCGAGUUUCUCGGCAACCGGCAGAAGCAGUUCAACCGUGACGUUCUCGACUGCGUGGUGGAUGAGAUGGAUUUUUCCAACAUGGACCUGGACGAUGCUUUGCGGAAGUUCCAGUCGCACAUCCGGGUGCAGGGGGAAGCGCAGAAAGUCGAGCGUCUCAUCGAAGCCUUCAGCCAGCGCUACUGUGUCUGCAAUGCCCCACUUGUGCGCCAGUUCCGGAACCCGGACACCAUCUUCAUCCUGGCCUUCGCCAUCAUCCUCCUCAACACCGACAUGUACAGCCCCAGCGUCAAGCCCGAGAGGAAGAUGAAGCUCGAUGACUUCAUCAAGAACCUCAGAGGGGUGGAUAACGGGCAGGACAUCCCCCGUGACCUCCUGGUGGGGAUCUACCAGCGCAUCCAGAGCCGUGAGCUACGAACGAACGACGACCACGUCUCCCAGGUCCAGACCGUCGAGCGCAUGAUCGUGGGGAAGAAGCCGGUGCUGUCCCUGCCCCACCGUCGCCUGGUCUGCUGCUGCCAGCUCUAUGAGGUGCCCGACCCCAACCGGCCCCAGCGGCUCGGCCUGCACCAGAGAGAGGUCUUCCUCUUCAACGACCUGCUGGUG